AUGGCUUCGGCGGCCUUCCCCGCGCUCUCCUCCACUGUCGCUCCCGCGCCUUCCGCCCUUUGGUCCGCCAAUCUCACCGUGAGUUCCCCAGCCCUCCCCAGUCGGCGCGCGAUCUCCGCUUCCCCCAUCUGCGCGCGCUCUCCGUUCCUCGUGCUUCCAUCCCUCCUUUCCCCUCAUCCCGCUCAACUCCCCCUCUUUCCCCUUCCGCAGGCGCCGUACCCGACGAACGCGCCGUGGCAGAACUUCGUGCUGGGGCAGGGCGGCAACCCCGAGCUCGUGACGCCGUACGUGGUGCAGAGCGCGGAGGGGCGCGUCGCGUGGGGGCUGCCGGUGCGCGACCCCCAACCGGGGUACAUAGUGCAGGCGUUCGUGACGGCGCUCAUGCUCUCCACGCUGCAGGGCCUUCCCCCCCAUCAGCUCUCCGCCUACGACGACCUCUCCGCCACCCUCUCCUUCCGCCAACCCUCCUCCGCGCCCUCCGAUCCCCCCGCGCUCGAGGUCCCACUGGUGCGCGGGUCGCCCUUCCUCACGUUCAUAUUCCCCCCCGGCGGACCCCCAGCGACGCCCGUGCUGACGACGAUUCACGCCAUCACGGGUGUAGAGCCCAGCGGCGACAACAGCAAGUACCGCAUCGCUCUCAACAACGGCCAGACGUGGCUGCUGUACCUGUCGUCGCCACUGGCGAUGCGGCAGGACGGGUCGACACUAGCGGCGGAUGCGCCAUUCACGGGGACGAUCCGCGUGGCGCUGCUGCCGAGCGCCUCCCCGCAGGACGAGGAGGCGGUGCUGGACGCGCACGUGCCCACGGUGCCGGUGGGGGGGAGCGCGCUCGUGGGCGCGUUCCGCAUCAAGUACACCUGGCGCACCCAGCAGUGGCGCCAGCUGGCUGACGGCAACACCGAGGCGCCGCUGCUCAUGCUCUCGCUGCCAAUGCACCGGCGCAUGGAAGUGACUGCGCACAGCCCCUCCCUUCCCUCCACCCUCCGCCGUCACAGCAGCGGCUCACCCUCAGGCGCCAUGGGCGCCCUCCGCGGCCACCAUAACCCCGCCUCUGCCGCCCCCUCCAACGCACGCAGCAGUGCACCAUGGUCGUCCGUGCGAGAUGCGUCGGUGCCGGAUGCGUCAGUGCUGGCAUACCCCUCCAUCGACGGCCAGGCGGUGGGCAUGCAGGGGGCGCUGCUGGACGAGCUGAGGGCCAGCCUCAAGCAGGACGUGGCCGCGCUGCCGCCCCUCUCCUCCCCCUCCACCUACUUCUUCGGCAAGACAGCGGCGCGCGCCGCCCGCCUGGCACUGAUCGCGAAGCAGGUGCAAGACGAUGACAGCCUGGCCGCCGUGUUGCCGCCCCUGCGAUCCGCGCUCUCCGCAUGGCUGGACGGCACCUUCCCCAGUAACCGCCUGCUGUACGACCCCACGUGGGGCGGCGUGGUGAGCGAGGCGGGGUCGCUUGACCAGGGGGCGGAGUUUGGAGCGGGCAUGUACAACGACCACCACUUCCACUACGGCUACUUCAUCUAUGCCGCUGCUACCGUCGCCAAGUUCGACCCCGCGUGGCGCGACCAGUACCGUGCGGCGCUCAAGGACCUGAUGGCGGACUACAUGUCGCCGGAGCGCACGGCGGCAUUCCCAAGGCUGCGGCACUUUGAUGCGUACGCGCUGCACUCGUGGGCCAGCGGGCUGUUUGAGUUCGGCGACGGGCGCAACCAGGAGAGCUUCAGCGAGGCGGCCAACGCGUACUAUGCAGCGGCGCUGCUGGCGUCAGUGCUGGGCGACCAGCCGCUCGCCACGCUGGGCGCCACACUCGCAGCCGUGGAGGCCGUCGCCGGGCAGACCCUCAUGCACGUGCCGCUCGGCUCAUCCGCCCCGGAGCUGUCCCUGUCGCCCGCAUAUGAGGCCGUGUUUGCAGACGCCAACCGUGUGGUGGGCGUGCUGUGGUCCACCAAGCGCGAUGCGGCGCUGUGGUUCGCCCCACCGGCGGACAUGGAGAAGCGUGUGGGCAUCCAGGUGCUGCCCGUAACGCCCUACCUCAAGCACCUCUUCCCUGACCCCGAGUUUGCUAAGCAGCUGGUGGAGUGGGCGCAACCUGUGCUGAGUGGUGCCGCCACGGACGAGUGGCGCGGCUUUGCGUGGGCGCUGCAGGCGCUGUACGACCCGCAGGGGGCCAGGGCGAACAUUGCUGCUCUAGGUGCUUUUGAUGAUGGCAACUCCAAAACAAACAUGCUCUGGUGGCUCACUUCCAACAUGCCAUAG